CACUCGGCGAGCCGAAAAGAGACGAACAUCGGGGCGAUGGACCGCUGCUGGACUCUGUGUGAGGAGUCGGGCUAAUAACUUUCUCAAACUGAGGACGAAACGUUUGGGAAAAUACCAGGAACACUUUUGCUCCAACUUCGUCGGAGAGAGGUGGUGGAGUGGUUGCCAUGGUGGAUAAAAUGUCAAGUUUCCUGCACAUUGGGGAUGUUUGCUCCCUUUAUGCUGAAGGCUCUACAAGUGGCUUCAUAAGCACUUUGGGGUUGGUUGAUGACCGAUGUGUUGUCCAACCAGAUGCAGGGGACCUGAACAACCCACCCAAGAAGUUCAGGGACUGUCUGUUCAGACUGUGUCCCAUGAACAGAUAUUCUGCACAGAAACAGUUCUGGAAAGCUGCCAAACCUGGCGGAACCAGCACCACAGAGACUGUUCUGCUCAACAAACUCCAUCAUGCUGCUGAUUUAGAAAAGAAACAAAAUGAAUCGGAGAACAAAAAGCUUUUAGGAACAGUCAUUCAGUAUGGCAAUGUCAUCCAGCUUCUCCAUUUGAAGAGUAAUAAGUAUCUGACGGUAAAUAAGCGUUUACCAGCUCUUCUUGAGAAGAACGCCAUGCGUGUAACCUUGGACGCUGCAGGAAAUGAAGGCUCAUGGUUCUACAUCCAGCCUUUCUAUAAGCUCCGCUCUAUUGGAGACAAUGUGGUUAUUGGAGAUAAGGUUGUGUUAAACCCAGUCAAUGCUGGACAGCCACUACAUGCCAGUAGCCAUCAGCUUGUUGAUAAUCCAGGAUGCAAUGAAGUGAAUUCAGUGAACUGCACCACCAGUUGGAAAAUUGUUCUCUUCAUGAAAUGGAGCGACAACCAGGAGGUUGUCUUGAAAGGAGGUGAUGUGGUGAGGCUGUUCCAUGCAGAGCAGGAGAAGUUUCUGACAUGCGACGAACACAGAAAAAAGCAGUAUGUCUUUUUGCGUACCACCGGGCGCCAGUCUGCAACCUCUGCCACUAGUAGCAAAGCACUCUGGGAGGUUGAGGUGGUUCAGCAUGAUCCCUGCAGAGGCGGAGCCGGCUACUGGAACAGUCUCUUUAGGUUCAAACAUCUGGCCACUGGCCAUUACCUUGCUGCAGAGCUGGAUUCAGAGCAGGAAGUGAUGCGAGCACGUGUACGCAACCCUCAGGACAAAGUAAUGUACACAUUGGUGUCCGUUCCUGAUGGCAAUGACAUAUCAUCGAUCUUUGAGCUUGACCCCACUACCCUGAGAGGAGGAGACUCACUUGUGCCAAGAAACUCAUAUGUGAGGCUCAGGCAUCUCUGCACCAAUACAUGGGUUCACAGCACCAACCAGCCAAUAGAUAAAGAGGAAGAGAAACCGGUCAUGCUCAGAAUAGGAACAUCUCCUCUGAAGGAAGAUAAAGAGGCGUUUGCUAUAGUGCCAGUUUCUCCAGCUGAGGUUCGCGAUUUGGACUUUGCUAAUGAUGCUAGUAAAGUCUUAGCUUCCAUUGCAGCCAAACUGGAGAAGGGCACCAUCACCCAGAAUGAACGGAGGUCAGUGACAAAGCUGCUGGAGGAUCUGGUGUAUUUUGUGGUGGACAUUCCCAGCAGUGCUCAGGAUGUGCUGGAGAUCACAGUCAACAAACCUAACAGAGAGCGGCAGAAACUCAUGAGAGAGCAGAACAUACUCAAACAGAUAUUCAAGCUGCUGCAGGCCCCAUUCACUGAUAGUGGGGACGGCCCUAUGUUGCGUCUGGAAGAGCUCGCAGACCAACGUCACGCACCCUUCCGUCACAUCUGUCGGCUCUGCUACAGAGUCCUACGUCACUCACAACAGGACUAUCGCAAAAAUCAAGAGUACAUAGCAAAGCAGUUCCGCUUCAUGCAAAAGCAGAUAGGAUAUGAUGUGCUUGCUGAAGACACUAUUACAGCUCUGCUGCACAACAACAGGAAGCUUCUAGAGAAACACAUCACUGCGGCUGAGAUAGACACCUUCGUCAGCCUGGUCCGCAAGAACAGAGAGCCCAGAUUUCUGGACUACUUGUCAGAUUUGUGUGUGUCUAUGAAUAAAUCCAUCCCUGUCACUCAAGAACUCAUCUGUAAUGCUGUGCUGGACCCAGCCAAUGCAGACAUCCUCAUCGAAACCAAGCUUGUGUUAUCACGGUUUGAGGUGCCAGGAACAGUGCUCGGCGAGAGUGUGGAGGACGAAGAGGAGGAUGAGGAGGAGGUAUGGUUGUUCUGGAAGGACAGUACAGGAGAGAUGAAGAGUAAGAGCAUCAGAGAGCUUGCACAGGACGCCAGAGAUGGACACACAGAGGACCAGGAUGUUAUCAAUUAUUACAGGUAUCAGCUGAACCUGUUUGCACGAAUGUGUCUGGAUCGGCAGUACCUGGCCAUUAACAAGAUAUCAGCACAACUGGAUGUGGAUCUGAUUCUGCGCUGCAUGUCAGACGAAGACUUGCCCUUUGACCUCAGAGCCUCAUUCUGCCGCAUGAUGCUGCACAUGCAUGUAGACCGAGACCCCCAGGAGCAGGUUACCCCUGUCAAAUAUGCUCGGCUGUGGUCUGAAAUCCCUUCUCAAAUUGCCAUUGAUGAUUAUGAUAACGAUGGGACAUCACGUGAUGAGGUAAAGGAGCGCUUCUCUCAGACGAUGGAGUUUGUGGAGAAUUACCUGCAAAAUGUUGUGUGCCAGAGUUUCCCAUUUUCAGACAAGGAGAAAAACAAGCUCACUUUUGAGGUUGUGAACCUAGCGAGGAACCUUAUCUAUUUUGGUUUCUAUAACUUCAGUGACCUGCUAAGGUUGACCAAAAUCCUGCUGGCCAUCCUGGACUGUGUCCAUAUCAGCACUCCCUUCCCCAUCAAGCUGCCUGGAGACCGUGGCAAAGGAAGUAAUGUGAUGCGGUCCAUCCAUGGAGUGGGAGAGCUGAUGACACAGGUGGUCUUGAGGGGUGGGGGAUUCCUGCCAGCCACCAACCACAACCCUCCAAACAGAGAUGAAGUCAAAGCCCAGAGUGAACCUCAGAAACAAGACAUACUGGUGAUGGACACCAAACUCAAGAUCAUUGAGAUCCUACAGUUCAUUCUAAAUGUCAGGUUGGACUACAGGAUCUCCUGCCUGCUCUGUAUCUUUAAAACAGAGUUUGAUGAGAGCGUCUCUCAGACAGAGCCGUCUGUUAACCAGGACUCUCCUUCCAGUGUUCAAGGAGCUCUGGACUUUGAACACAUUGAAGAGCAAGCGGAGGGGAUUUUUGGAGGAAGUGAGGAAAACACCAGGCUGGAUCUUGAUGAUCACGGUGGCAGGACGUUUCUGAGGGUCUUACUGCACCUGACCAUGCAUGACUAUCCUCCACUGGUGUCACGAGCCCUUCACCUCCUCUUCCGACACUUCAGCCAGCGGCAGGAGGUCUUACAGGCCUUCAAGCAGGUUCAGCUCCUGGUGACCAGUCAGGAUGUGGACAAUUACAAGCAGAUCAAGUCAGAUUUGGACCAGCUUAGGUCUAUAGUAGAGAAAUCAGAGCUGUGGGUCUAUAAGAGACAGGGGUCAGACUCAGGGCUGGACGCUGGAGAGGUUGCCAAUGCAGCGCACCACAAGGGUGCCAUCAACUCAAGCAGAUCAGACAAACCCAAAGUGGAGAGUACCAGCAGCUCAAACUACAGAGUCGUGAAGGAGAUCCUCCUGAGGUUGAGCAAAUUGUGUGUUUUGGAGGGAAUCUCUGGCAAGAAGAAUAAGAAACAGCAGCAGCGGCUCCUCAGGAACAUGGGAGCUCACAGUGUGGUCCUGGAACUGUUGCAGAUCCCUUAUGAGAAGGGGGAGGAUGUUCAGAUGCAAGAGAUUAUGACUUUAGCUCAUCAGUUCCUUCAGAACUUCUGUGCUGGAAAUCAGCAGAACCAGGCACUUCUGCACAAACACAUUAACCUGUUCCUCAACCCUGGGGUGAGAGCAUUAAUACAGCAGUUUAGUUGAAUUCAGUACUUUAGUGGAUAUAGAAUAUAAUUCUGUAACAAUUGUUUUAUCUCCAUGUAUGAUGUUAACUGUAGUGGGCAUAUAUAGAUCUCCUUCAUUAAGUAGUAUAUUUUAUGAUCAUCUAAGAAAUCUUUUUAUUUUUAUUGUACAAUUUAAUAUAAAUUGGAAUGAGAAGUCAAAUAGGAAAAAGCUUCAGGAGAUAGUAAGUCAUUUUGACCUCAUACUCUUAAUCCAGGGCCCCACUAGAAUCACCUCUUCAUCUGAA